UUGGCUGAAUUGUGUCGAUGGCUAGGUUCUGUGCCUAGCCUUGCUGAUCUGUAUCCUCAUUAUUUUAAGUAAUUGUUUAAGGAAUUAGAAACAGAACGUAAAGAAAGUCCUUUAAAAUGUCGGACAAUAUUCAUGGACGCUUUUCCAGGACAUUGCAGAAAUUAAUCGACGAGGAAGAAGAAAAAGAAGAAGGAGAAGGAAAACCACGUAAGAAUGUCAGGGAUAUGUUUUCUGAAGCAGGUUUUAGCCAUACGGGUGGAGGAAAGCGAGCAAUUUGUGCAGACUGCUAUUUAAAACCCCGUCCUUGUCAGGCUGAUAAUCUUCUUGAAAUACAUGCCGAAUGCAGACCAGAAUGUCCGUUUGUAGUAAAAGUAAAAGAACGGAAUGCGGUAAGCAUUCAGGACCAAACUGAUUAUGUGGCUACACAAAAAGUUCCCGGUCGUGAACCAAGUGUAGAUAUCUAUAACAGAAGACAGAUGGUAGCUAGAAGAACAAGGCAACCGUCAAUUGGAGAACGUCUAUCAACUUUACGGGAAAGAAAUCUCUGUCAGGUUUGUAAAACCUGCCCUCGGAGAAUACUGUUCACACCAUGCAACCACUUCUACAGUUGUACGUCGUGUGCAGAGGAAGUAGAGAAAUGUAUGAGGUGCCAUAAAUCAAUUUAUGAUAAAAUUGACAUCUAUCGAUCUUAGAUUUGUUCGUGUGUAUGCGUGCGUGCGUGCGUGCGUGCGUGCGUGUGUGUGUGUGUGUGUGUGUGUGUGUGUGUUCGCUCGCUCGUGCGUGUAUUUAUAUGUGAUUGUGCUUCUAUGUGUUAAUUUAGUUUGGAUUUUCAUUUUUGUCUGUUAAAUGUUGUUUUUCUUUUACAAUAUGUCUUUUCUCUGGUGGAAACGCGCCUUGCAACAAACACAAGUAAUAAAACGUUUUGCACCAAAUCAAAAUAAAGUUUGAUCAGUGAGAUAAGUAAAACUGAAAAAGUGACAUUAUGUUACAAGACAACUAUGUUUAUAAAUACAUCAAGACCAACAACAUAUAUUUACUCUUUAAACGUUUAAAUUCGAAUAUGCUUUUGUUUAGAUUUUCUUGCAAAAAACGUUCAUGAAAGCAUUUCUAUGAAUUUAUUUAUAUUUGAGACAUAAAUGUAUCUUUAAGCGUAUUCUCAGAAAAAAUAUGUAACUAUUUAUGUGGUGCUUUUUUUUCACUUCAGUAUUAUUUUGACGGUCAAUUACUGUUACUUGAUUUUGAUGAGUUUUUAUGUGGAAAUAAAAAAGAUAUUUCUGCGAAUAAAAGAAAAAGGAAAAACGAAUAAAAAACCGACAAUAAUUACUUGUUAUGCGCAGAACCAUUACGUUUAUAAUAAUUAAUUUGUUAUACAUUAUCAUUUUGAUAUGUUUUGAUUGAAUACUUUUUUAAAUUUAUUACUUGCUUUUCCUUAAUUCUAGGUUGCUUUAAUUUCUUGCUUUAUAUUUUAAACCGAUUUUAUUGUCAAAUGAAUGUGCGAAUUAUUCGAGAUUAUGUUAAUAGGUUAUUUUUGUUUUAUUGUACUCAUGUGAAAACAUGUAGAGAAACAUCUUUCAUUAUCGAUUUAUGAGGAAAUAAAUUAUCUGUUUUCUAGGGAUUGCAUUCGCAGUUAAGAUCUUUUCAAUAUUGCAUUAGAUUGCGUUUUUCAAAAUCUUUCAAUGAACCUCAUUUUCUUUGUUUGUGUACGUUUCAACCCAACUUGUUUUAACUUCAAUAAGAAAAUGACAAUUAUUUUAUGCUUACCAUUAUUAAUGUUAACUUUUAAUGUUUUCCUGAAUUUCUUCUCGCAGAAAAAGCAGAAAAAGAAGCAUUCUUUAACGAUCUUAUCAUUCGAUGGGAAAACUAAUACUGAAGAAUGUUUUAAUUAAUUUAAGAGUAAAAAUUGAUCAAAACAGAACUAUUUAUGUUUUUGUGUGUUUGUGUGUAAGUGUGAUUUGCGGCUGUGAAUGUGCGCGCGCACGUAUACGUAUGUCUGUAUGUAUGUAUGUAUGCGUUAUAGUAUGGUUUUUGAUUUCUGUCAUUCAUGUUGUUUUUCGUUAGCUUUUCUUUAGAAAAAACGCGCCACGCAGCGAAACACACAAAAGCAAUUAAUAUAUCAAGUUUUAGUUUUUUGUAUAAAGUUUCGAUAGUACGAUAUGUAAACAUAAUAUAGUGACAUUAUGUAUACUUAUAUAUUUUAAGAUCAACAACAUAUAUUUACACUAAGUUUAUAAGUUUAACUGCUUAUAUGCUUUUGUUAGAAUUUAUUGCAAGUAUCGUUCACGAAAACAUUCAAAUGAAAGCAUAUGUAACGGAAUUUGUACAUGCUGGAUCUUAAAGCGUGUUCUUAGAAAAAAAUUUAUUAAUCAUGUGGUGCAUGUUUUAUUUUCUUUGGUAGUAUUUGUAGAUCUAUUGCCAUUAACUGUUAACUGUAAUAAAUGCGUUUUUGAUGUGAAAAUGAAAAGAAAAAGAAGAAAAAAAUCAUAGAAAUAGAUAAAUGAAUGAAUAAAUAAAUAAAAUUUUCAAUAAUGCCUGAUUUUGUUUGCAUCACAUUUUGUAAAUUAUUAGAUGUAAUAAAAACCAGUUUUGCAAUAAAAUAUUACAAUAGCAUAUUUCUAUUGAAAUUAUACGCUAGACAUUAUAAAGUUUAUCUUUUAGAUAAGAAUUGACAUGCAGGGAUUAUAUUUGGAAUUAUGAAUAUUUACAAAAACUUACAUUUUAAAGAGUCAUUUGAUUGUAACAUAGCUCGUUUGCAUUCUGUUGUGCUUUUUUAUAUUCAUGCUUUCACAUGUUUGCAAGGUAAUUUUUAUUUCUAAUAUGCUCAUGAUGAAUGUGAAAUCAUUUAGAAAAAUCAUGUUUGGGCCAUUAAUGAGGAAAAACAUUAUCUUUUCCUAUAGAUUACUUUCGAAUAUAUAUUUUUUUCUAAAUUGCAUAAUCUUGUGUUUUACAAAAUCUUUCAAUGAACCUCAUUUUCUUUGUGUACGUUUCAACCCAACUUGCUUUAACUUCAAUAGAAAAUGACCAAAUUAUUUAAUGCAUGCCAUUUUUAAUGUAACUUUCUUGAGUUUUACUGAUUUUCUUUCCCGCAGAAAAGGAGACAUUGCUUAUACAACCUUAUCAUUCGAUGGGUGUACUUAUCCUGAAAAAUGACCUAAUUAAUUUCUGCAAUGCAAAUAUUUUAUCGCCAUUACCUUAACAAUAAAGUAAGUUCCCAUUGGUCCAGGCAGUUGAUUUUUUUUCAAAUUAGUUUCUAAAUUUAUAUCUGCAUAUUUUUGUACAUUUAGAAUGUCCUACUGUACGUCAGUAAACUGGAAAAAUAAUUCGUUUUCGUUUAUUGAUAUUGUCAAUGUAAUUGUAAUGCAACUAAUAUUACAGUUAAAACUCCUUUAUUUUUUUAUUUGUAUUAAUAUGUAAAUGUAUUUUUAUAUGUUAAUUGUGCACACACAAUAUGUAAGAUUUAUUAUCAUAGCUUAAAGUGUUAAUACCUUCUAAGCGGUUCUUAGUAUGUAUUCAAAAUUCUUACUCCUCAUUUGAGCAGUUUUAAGCAGAUACGUGUAUGACUAUGUUGUUAAAGUAAUAACUGUAUAAAAACACAACAGCGACAACAGAAGCCAUAACCAAUUUGUUUACUAAAAAAGAUAAUUACAGCCAAUAUUUGUAUCAAUCUUACAUGCGACGUAAUUUUAACGGUAGAUUUUGACCAAUUAGUAAUAAGAAACAAAGGUUAACUACGGCAGACCAACAAAGACCUCUUUCUCUGUGGUUCGAUUCCGUUCUUGGCUUCAAUUUUCAAAAUUUACUACGUAGUAUAUAUCUAGAUUAUACUACCUCUGACACUGAUUUGCGUAUAUUUAGAUUUACUUAUACUUAUUUAUUAUUCUCUUCUGAACUGAUUGAUUUUUAUACGAUUUUAUUCUUAUGUAAUAGAUAGCUAACCAUAUUAUAGAAUGUUCACCAUAUGUAAUCUCAUUACAUAAGUUGUCCUCUGAGAUAUUGCAUGUUGUUCAUCAUUGUGACUUUGUACGAUUUAGUUAUAUAAUGUGUUUGCUCUUGAAUUUGUUUAUAUGCAAACUGUGCUGAUAUCAAUAAACGAAACGAAACGAGUGUAGGGGUAUCCAUGUCCUAUGAUCACAUUGUUCAUUGUCUGUAGCUACUAGCUUUUUAUUUUAUUUUAUUGAUUGAAUUUAAUUCAUGUUAUUUAAUCUUAUUUGCUUAUUUUUUUCAACCGACAUUGACGUUACAAAGCAUGUCAGAUAUCAAACAAAAAAAUCAAAAUAAAGACUAA